AUGACAGCAAAUAAAAUUCGAAUGAAGAGCAGCAUUGCCGCAUGCCGCAAAUGUGGCAGCCGUAAAGAACGCAAUGAUGGUGAUUGCACAAGUGAGGAAGGGCGCGCUUCUCUGUCACCAGAUAGUGCCUCCAGCCUGGGGACAGAGCAGCUACUUUUGCCCAACGCCCUAACGCCGGUCUCGUUAAUUGCUUCCGCUGAUUUUGUGGAACGAGGACACAAACCUUCGUGGCGCAUGCCGUGGUUCCUUACCGUUAUGUCGUGUGUGCAGAACGUAUGCUCUUUGCUAGAUGUAGUCGGAUAUAUUCGUAUUUUGACUCAUACAACGCUACAGCUUUCCGUCUACUUCAUCGCCAAUGGCUGUCUCAAUCGACGUUUGAUGUUUGUCCCUGGACAUCCCUACGAAGUUUGGCGCUACUUCACCUACACUUUACUACACUCCGAUCUCAUGCAUCUCUUGUUGAACGUGUCACUACAGUGCCUAAUUGGCUUUUGUUUGGAGAGCGAGCAGAGUCACUGGCAAGUGGCCUUCAUCUAUAUCGCGGGGGGAUUUUCCGGCUCUUUGGUCACCGCAUAUUCUCAGCCAGAGUUGUCGUUGCUUGGCGCAUCGGCGUGCGUUUACGCGCUGCUGACCAGUCAUGUGCCGCAUUUGGUGUUGAAUUUUCGUCAACUGCCUUACCGUUAUCUGCGAAUCGCGUCUCUGCUGAUUUUGUGGCUCACCGACGUUACGCUCACGGUGUACCAUUUUCUGGUCAGGCACAAUGUGAACCCGCGUAUCUGUGUGGAAGCUCACUUUGCCGGUGCUUUGUCCGGCCUCAGCUUCGGCUUUCUGCUCUACAGCGUGAUUAGACGUCACUACGCCAGUCACUGUUGCUUGCUGAGUAUAUGA